GCCACUACAACUCUACAAGGUCUUCCCUUUUGCUGUUGCACAUAGCCACAGAUACAAUAAUCAAAACAAGAUUUGUUUACCAGAACAAAAAUGUAAGUUGAUGGGUUCCAUUCCAUCCCCCAACAACUAUUUGGUGCAGAAAGCUAUGUUUUUCUUAUUAGUUUCCUUUCACUUGAAGCGACAACUGUAGGAAGCAAUGGUCUCUCACCCAAUCAAAACCCUCAACCCCAUCAAAUAUAUUUCUCCAUUUCCACGGGGUGGAUGGAUUGAGCUCUCCCAUCAUUCAGCAGUUAGCAUAUCAUCCCCACACCCUUCACAAUUAGUAACAAAAUUGGGAUCAUAAUACUUUGUGAAAGCUUGACGAUUGUUGUCAUAUUAAUUGCUACACAGACGGCCCAAUUCCUCUUACCCAGUUGCCUUCAUCUUCUUCUUCCUUCUUCUUCUUCCCCUCCUACAUCUGAGUUCCAAGAACUCCAUUUAUGGGUUCUUCAGAACGGCCCAAGAAGAAGGUGCAGCUGUGGAAGAAAGCUGCCGUCCACUUCGCGCUUUGCUUCGUCAUGGGCUUCUUCACUGGGUUUGCCCCCACGGGUAGUAAAGCCCCAACAACCGCAGCAACUCGUUCAGUAAUUUUAUCGAACACCUCAUCUGCAGCAACCCCCCACUCCUCCCAAAUCGCAUCCCUCCGUUCCACUGCGGGCGGCGGCAGAAUCAACAAGAGCCGUAAGUUGAUCCCCCAACAGCAACCCGAGUCAAGCUCCGACGAUGGCCAACCACUGCCCACGCAUUUCGAAGAGGUGAAAACAGAGGAGUUCACGGGGGCGGCAGAGUUGAGUUCGAAAUCGAAACUCACUCCCAGGAGGCUAAUCAUCAUAAUCACGCCCACCAACGCCAGGGACCCGCACCAAGGGGUGAAUCUCCGGCGGCUGGCGAACACGCUGAGGCUGGUCCCGCCGCCGGUGCUGUGGGUGGUGGUGGAGCACAUGGAGUCGCCGUCGGGGAAGGAGAACGAGGUGUCGGAGAUGCUGAGGUCGACGGGGAUGAUGUACAGGCAUUUGGAGUACAGGGAGAAUUUCACGGCGGCGGAGGCCGAGGUGGAGCUGGAGCACCAGAGGAAUUUGGCGUUGAAGCAUUUGGAGCGCCACCGGCUGAGCGGGAUCGUGCAUUUCGCCGGGAUUCACAAUGUCUAUGACCUUGACUUCUUCGACGAGCUCAGGGAAAUCGAGAUGUUUGGGACAUGGCCAAUGGCAUUACUGACGCCACACAAGAGCGAGGUGGUAAUCCAAGGGCCCGUCUGCGAUUCCUCCCAAGUCAUUGGGUGGCAUCUCAACAAAAUGAAGGACACCACCACGAAAAGGGAAGUAAUAGUAGAAGAAGAACCUCCGAAAAUCCAUGUUUCUGGGUUUGCAUUCAACAGCUCAAUCCUCUGGGACCCUGAAAGAUGGGGCCGUCCUUCUUCCUCGCAGCGUACCUCCCAGAAUUCGAUCAAGUUUGUGAAGGAAGCGGCUUUGGAUGUGGAAGGAGAGACCAAACUGAAGGGAAUUCCAGCGCAGGAAUGCUCCAAGAUAAUGGUGUGGCGUCUUCGGCUCCCUGCUACUGCUACUACAAAAAAUGUUGUGCCAUCUUCUUCUUCUUCAGAUAGCAACAUCCUGUCCCAAUAAGCAAACCACUCAUUGUACCCAAACCCUAGGGAGAUUUUAAUUUUUCAACGGUUUUACCUCUCUUUGAUGGGAGUACCUACGGCGUAAGGUUAUAAAUAACCAAUUCUUUCCUCUUCAUUAUUGAUAUGGAAUAUAGAGAAAUUGAGAAUCACAUCUAAAUUGGAAGUUGUAUAUGCUUUUCUUCUUAAUUUCAAGAAAUUUUUUAUGGAAUUGAAAUCAG